AUGGCAACUGAACGCUCACUUGCCCGCCUACUGCGGUCGCUGCAGUCGACCUCCAGCUUUGAAGAUGCGGCUGGUCUUCUUCCAACAGCAACGAGCUUCUUAUCUGUUCUCGGGAACCCUUUGAACUUGACACUUCUUGCAUCGCAACUCCUCUCCGCUCCUGCUCUCUGGAACCACCCAGUCGAUUUACACGCUUGUCGCAAACUCCUGAGCGUCUUCAACACCGCCGCUAUCGCGGUCCUGCAGAAUGAUACCACCGAAGAACCCCGCAUGCCCCACGGGCGGAAUCGGAGCAUAGAACGUGAAGCAUGGGUUAAGGCGGUGGUCCAGGGCGCAGAUGAUAAAUCUCCGCGUUGGCGACAUAUAAUAUUGCUUGGCGGUAUACUGCUGGGAUUUGAGGGACAGAAUCGACAGGGCCUCCCGUGGCAUAUUCGAACUAAACUCGAGUCGGCACUGGCGACAGCCUCCCAAUUGGCGCUGGAGGAGCUAGAUUCUGAAGCGGGCAUCGAUGGUCAUUGCGUCACCAUGGUGUUGAACUACACAUUCGAGCUCUUAUCAGAUCAGCAACGACAGAAAAUCAACUACGAUCGCUUAUUACCUGUGAUGGUGCGGUCGACUUUUCUAUCUUCGGAAGGUCUCGAAGGUGGAUUCUUUUUGGGAGCAAUUGAUGAAGAUGUGGUUGAAGCUCCUGGGAAGAAGUUCCGAUGGAAGGCCGAUUCUAUGACAUUUGGUUAUUUCUCGACCAUCUCUUCUCGUCCGCUGGUGUCGGCAUUGGGACCGUUGUCUCGGCUGAUUUCUCAUGCCGUUGAAAAUGCCCAAAAUCCACAACUAGUCGCGCAAACGGUUGAUUACAUAGCUGAUUUUGUUCGGACUCUUAUGGUGCAGUGGCGUCAAAACAAAUUGUCUGAAGUCGAUGUCGCGGAAGAGAAGGACUUUUUAGAUGAAGAGUCAUUACAAACGACUAUUCCCGCGCUCUGGAAAGUUCUUCGGAAUUGCUUGUACUCAGUGGUCAUUGUCCUCCGUGCAGUUCUUGGCCGAACAAUUAACGACCCCGCUCUCGCAGUCCACAGCACACCGUACCUUUCUAUGCAAUCUCUUCACAUUCUUCGAAACCUUUACUUUAUUUCCUCUCGCACCGGCCAGAACGGGUCGUCUCAGCAAAGCUUUGUCUUCUUGGCCGCUAUCGAUAUCCUAUCUCAGUACCCCGAUUUGGCCGAGAAUUUCCUACGCAGUAUCAAGCCCAGUGAUCUUGGUCAAAUUCCUGACCAUCCAGUUGAAAGAUGCCUAGACCUUUUCUUCUUGAAUGUUGCCGAACACUUCCCUCUGGUCUUGACGCCCCAGGCUAAUGAAGAGCUACUUUUAUCUGCUGCAUUCCCGUAUCUUGCAGCUGGGGCCAAUAGUCUUCUGUUGGAGAUUUUUGAGGCGGCACACAGUGUGGUGCUUGUGGUCUUCGCCAUUCCUCGCAAUUCGGAAUUGGCUGCCAAACAUCUUCCCUUCUAUAUUGAGAACCUAUUUGCGGUAUUCCCUGACAACCUGUCUGCUCGACAGUUCCGUCUUGCAUUUAAGACCGUCAUCCAAGUGACAGCACCACCAUCGCCAUUAGCCAACAGCCAACCUGUGCUCCCCUCAGUUCUACUUGAGGUGGUGCGGGAUCGUGCGCUUAACGCCUCCACGACCCUUAUAACCCCGACAGCCGGCAAUUCCUCCUCGUCUGAUAUGGAAAAUGGCCCCCCUCUUUCAGCACAAGCAGUUCUUACUCUGGCUCUGAUUGACUCGCUAUCUUUCCUCCGAGUAGAUGACCUGGAGGAUUGGCUUCCUCUCACUGCAGAGCUGAUAAAUACCAUUACAGACCGAACCAUGCGCCAUGCUUGUGUUGAUCGCUUUUGGGAAGCAUUAAGCAUGGGUGAGAUGGAUGUUGACCGAGCCCACUGCUGUGUCAAUUGGUGGAGUACUCAAGGAGGCCGUGAGCUGGUCCUGUUUGGUGCCGAGCCUACUCCGGGUGCUGAAACUAAAGCCGAGGAGACUGGACCAUUUAUGAGUGGUGCUGUUGGUGGGGUGGCACCGGAGAGUAAGCUAUAA